UUCAUUUCCCAAGCAGAAUGAUUAGAACCACUGUGUUGGCUUUUAUCUGCCUGUACCUUUUCACUGCCAUUGAGUUCUGCAUGUUCGUGUAUGUGAGAGAUGAGCUAGACCUGUUUGAGGGAGAGUUGGAGAGCUACAUCGCCUCCGUGAACCAGACGGGGACCCUGACCCCAGUCAUCCUGCAGGUGAAAGAGCUGAUGAACGUCACCAAAGGAGUCUGGGUGGUGACGAUUUUGCCUGCCUCCUUCACGUGUGUGAGCCAGCUGUUCCACAUUUUGGCCUGUUACAGAUAA